CUCCCGGGCCUAGCUUCCCCCAGCCCUAGCGCCGGCCCGAGUGAGAGGUUCCGGAGCCCGGGUGCGGGCGGGAUUCCGGCUUGGAAGCUGCCGGCCAUCCCCCCCAGGCCGUCCCGGUCUGCCUCGGGAGCUUCAGGUGCCCCAUGGUGUGCAGUUCCACAGAUAAGAAUUUCAAGAAAAUCAGAUGGCAUCCGGGGAUUUCUGCUCACCAGGAGAAGGGAUGGAAAUACUCCAGCAAGUGUGCAGCAAACAGCUUCCUCCUUGUAACCUGAGUGAAGAGGACCUGUUAAAGAACCCACACUUCAGCAAGCUGCUGCUAAGUCUCGCACAGCACGUGGACGAGAGUGGCUUAAGCCUCACCCUGGCGAAGGAGCGGGCUCAGGCGUGGAAGGAAGUUCGACUGCAUAAAACAACAUGGUUGAGGUCUGAGAUUUUACAGAGAGUCAUUCAAGAGCUGCUUGUGGACUACUAUGUGAAGACACAAGACCCAAAUUUAACUUCCGAGGACAAAAAGUUUCACGAGACCCUUGAACAGCGGCUACUCGUGACUGAACUGACGGGAUUGUUAGGGCCCAGCCGGGAGAGGGAAACGCCUCUCUUGCUGGGGCUGCAGAAAGCGGAUCUUCUGGAUCUCAUGCCCUCCUCAGAGGAUUUUGUGUGGAUGAGAGCUCGGCUGCCGCUGGAAGUAGAGGAGCAGCUCAAGAAGAAAUGUUUCACCCUGCUCUGCUACCAUGACCCCAAUUCAGAUUCAGACAGUGAAACCUUGAAGGCUGCAAAGGUGUGGAAACUGGCAGAGAUCCUGGUGGGUGAGAAGCAGCAAUGCCAGGAUGCCAAGAGCCAGCAGAAGGAGCAGAUGGUGCUGCUGGAGAAGAAGAGUGCCACCUACUCCCAGGUGCUUCUCCGCUGCCUAGCCUUGCUGCAGAGGCUCCUUCAGGAACACCGGCUUAAGACUCAGUCUGAGCUGGACCGCAUCAAUGCCCAGUACCUAGAGAUCAAGUGCAGUGCCAUGAUCCUUAAGCUGAGGAUGGAGGAGCUAAAGAUCUUGUCUGAUACUUACACUGCUGAGAAAGUAGAAGUUCAUCGUCUCAUUAGGGACCGUUUGGAGGGGGCCAUCCACCUACAAGAGCAAGACAUGGAGAAGUCCCGACAAGUCCUGAGCACCUAUGAGGUCCUUGGGGAGGAGUUUGACAGGCUGGUAAAAGAGUACACUCAACUCAAGCAGGCCACUGAGAACAAGCGCUGGGCCCUCCGGGAGUUUAACAAGGCCUGUCGCUGAGCGCUGCCAGUGGGGGUCCGAAGGUGGACUUCUGCUUGGGUGCUGCCUGCCCCUCCUCCUGCCGAAAGGACCACCUUCACUCCGGGAGUGUGGGGACACUUGCUUGAAGCACUGCAGUGCUUUAGGCACCGUCAUGGUUUUUCUUCCUUGUUUACAGUGACUGAGUCUCCUCUGGGAAAUGUAACAGAUUUAUAUAAUUUUAUGUGCAGCUAUUUGUCAGUGUCAGCCCUGUAGGAUAUUUGAUUACGUCCUGAAUAAAGUGAUGAUGCUUCCUUUG